AUCUUACGAAACCGUACCCCACUGAAAACUGGAAUCCACAAAUUUAAGGUUCCGUGUCUUCGACGAAAAUUUAUACAAGGGGGUAAACUUCGAAAUUAAACCCUAACCCUAAACCUAAGCGAUGCGGAAUCCGAAUCGGAAGAGUCUCGCGAACGAAUGGCGGCUAUCGAUUUCGACAUGCUUUGGCACCCGGUGGCGCUUCAAACGCAGGGGAUUUCAACGAAUAAGGGAGUGAGAGAGGAUGCAUUUGAGUUAGAUUUUGGAGGAGUUCAGCGGAUGUGGGAAGGAAGAGUCCUGGAUUGCUUUGAGGAUCGGAGGAUUGCUAUCGAAUCCGCUUGCUGCCCUUGCUAUAGAUUUGGGAAGAACAUGAGAAGGGCCAACCUUGAUCCUUGUUUUCUUCAGGGUUCUAUUUAUUUUAUCCUUGUGGUGACUGUUCUAUCCAACUUCAUUGCCUUUGGAUUCACGAUGCAGCAUUGUUAUUUAUAUAUGGGACUUGCUUCUUCUGUCGCAUUUUGUUUAUAUCUGGGUUAUUUUCGUACAAGGAUCAGAAGACAGUUUAACAUUGGGGGGAGCGGUAGUUCAUUAGAUGACUGUGCCUACCAUCUCAUUUGCCCAUGCUGUACGCUAUGCCAGGAGUCCAGGACUCUGGAGAUGAACAAUGUCCAAGAUGGUGUUUGGCAUGGCAGGGGUGAAACAAUCUGUGUUGGAAGUUUUGGAGAAGGGAACAAAGUGUUCUCUUCUGUCCACAAGCCAACUGUGAUGAUGACCAUGGAAAGAACAUCAAAUGGAAGUAAUCAUUCUUGGAAUGGGAAUACUAGCCAUUCAGAGCCUCUGGUUGUGUCAGCCCAGCAAGGAAAAAACCCCUAGAGAAUUGUGAUUUUACUUGCAGUGGUUCAGGCAAAGUGCCACUCUGAUCUAUUUCGUACAUUACCGUCAAGGCUUGCUGGCUUCCAUCGAAGAGCGAAGCUCAGUGCAUUCGACCAACAGCCGGAGACUUUGUCAUAAUGAUUCAGGUGGAAGUCUUGGGAAACUUCCCUUCAUCAUUCAUCAGUCAUCCCUUCUAAUUCUCAGAGUCGUAUAUCUGGUUACACCAAGCCGAAGCCUCUAAUUGUGAAAAGGCUUCAUCUGCGUUAUGUGUUGUUUCUGUUUGUUUUUGUGAUUGUUUUCGUCCGAUGAGGCGCUUUGUGCAUGAUGUAGUGAUUGUUUAUCCUUCCUCCCGAUGGCAAUCUGUUGUUCGUGAUCGCGGAAAGUUUUCUUCUUUCAAGUUCAGGGUUUGUCUAAAUACGUUAAUUGGAUGGAAUUCAUUGGGUACAGUACCAAUAAGGCAGCCAACAAGUACUUUGGACCAUUUUCUUUCUAUCUAAGACAAAAAUGUACGUUGCCCUUAAAUAUGGAAUAUAUUUUCGCGGGAUAUGUCUGAUUGAACAGAGAGCGUACCGGAAAUGAUAGCGAUUUUUUUUUUCUUUCUA